GUCGAACCCUCUUUAUCAGUUGCUCCCUCACCUCACCUCACCUCCCGUCCCGCACAUCUCACCUCUCGGGAUUCUGGGGAGUCAGAGAUAUCUUUCUUUCGACCAUGACGGGAUGACCAUUGUGGUCUCCCACCAGAGCUUCCCAAGAUGAUACGCACAUCAGACCACAAGAAGGCCCGCAUCAUAACCGUGAUCGCAUGUACCGUCACUGCGUUGGCUUGCGGUUCCAACUAUGGCUACUCCAUCUGGGGACCUAGUUUCGCCUCUCGUCUCAAGUUGACUGCCACGGACAGCAAUCUUAUCGGAACCGUGGGCAAUUUUGGGAUGUAUGCAUUUGGCAUUCCUUCCGGUAUGAUGGUAGAUGCAAAAGGGCCACGAUGGGGAAUCGCUUUGGGCAUUGUCUUGUUCGCCGCCGGUUACUAUCCCAUUGCCAAAGCAUACGAUGCUGGCCCGGGGCACUAUAGCGUGGCAUUGAUCUGUGUUUUCUCGUUCUUUACCGGUGCGGGAAGUUGUUCAGCCUUCACUGCAUCCAUCAAAGCUGCCGCCCUAAACUAUCCCGAAUCUCGAGGAACCGCAACAGCCUUUCCCCUCGCAGCUUUCGGGCUGAGCGCUUUGUUCUUCGCUGCUAUCGCGCAAUUACUCCCCGGCGGGACAUACAACUUCCUCAUUCUUCUUGCGACGGGGACGGUUCUUCUUCCUUUGAUAUGCUUUCCUUUUAUGCGUGUCAUACUUCCUCACACCUACCAUCACCUUCCCCAGCACGAACGACAAGUCCUCCACCGAACCAGAUCGCCAGGAAGUCGUCAUCUUCCCCAUCUCGAAGAACCAGGUGCGCCACACACACGAAACCCCAAGGCUCAGUCCUCCAUCAGCGGCAUAGAGCGGUCCCACGGCCACGAAGCCAUCAGUGGGGAUGAGGAGUCUUCCUUGCUCUCCAAAACUUCCAGCCAAGAGCAAGAGGCCGAAGACCUUGAAAGUUCAAAGCAGCUUGAAUCUGACAGGAUCCAUGAACAUCCACAUUUAGACAUCCGAGGUUUCGCUCUCUUACCCCAUGCCGAGUUUUGGCAAUUGUUCUUGAUGCUGGGCUUGAUGACCGGUAUCGGUCUAAUGACAAUCAACAACAUCGGCAACGAUGCCCAAGCGCUUUGGAAACACUACGACCCUUCCACGCCUGCGUCCUUCAUUGAAAGCCGCCAGGCAAUGCACGUUUCCAUUCUUUCCUUCUGCAGUUUCAGCGGUCGCCUCCUGUCAGGCAUCGGUUCCGACAUCCUCGUGGCAAAACUUAACAGGUCUCGGUUUUGGUGCCUGUUUGCGUCCGCCCUCACAUUCUGUUUGGCACAAGUGGUUGCAACGGCCGUCUCAGACCCCCAUUAUCUUAUGUUUGUGUCGGGGUUCACGGGUCUGGCUUACGGGAUGCUGUUCGGGGUGUACCCCAGCCUCGUCGCGCAUUGUUUUGGUGUUCAUGGUCUCUCGCAGAAUUGGGGGACCAUGACCCUCGCGCCUGUCAUCUCCGGCAACGUUUUCAACAUUCUUUAUGGAAAGAUCUACGACGCACAUUCAGUCCGAAACGAAGAAGAAGGGCAUAUGGAGUGUCUUGUCGGCAAGGAGUGUUACCGAUCCGCAUACUGGGUGACCUUUGGUGCCUCGGUGCUUGGUGUGCUGUGUUGUUUGUGGAGCAUCUGGCACGAGAACGAGGUGCACAAAGCUAAAGGGAAGGAAGGAAAGGUAAGCCGGAGAUCGGACCAUGAAAGAGUGGCCUGACAGAUAUCUCGUCCGAGGGCUCUUUAUCUAUAUUCAGGUCUGCUCGAGAGGGCAAUUCUAUAGACCGUGCUUUUCGUUUCCGGCCUAGGCUGCCUGAAGUUCUGGGAUGUGUGAUUUGUACUUACCCACAAAUAUUUUUUGGCACGGUAUAGAGACGGGUGGCAUUUGGAUUAGAGAAUUCUAGACUGGAAAAUAGAAGGCUUCUGGGGAUUCAACAUCUACAAAGACGCUGAGCAGAAGUGUAUUGUGCUGAGAGUAGACAACGGCCAGAUCAGAUCGGCGCAGGACAAGAACGGGGCGAAAGAUAUCAUACAUGCAGGUAGAUAGGACGUACCUAUAUAGGUACAUGAGGUUUAGGUAACUGCCUCGCCAACCUAGCCGGUAUGGAAAACGAGGACCAGGGUACGGUUCGAAGAAAG